AAUUGACAUUAUUAAAACCAGAUAAGGAAGAAACUUCGAAAAAGUCCAAAAUUUCCAUGCUUAGCAGAAAAUAAAUUAAAAAAUGUGGGGUCCAAUGCUUAAUUCUAUUGAAACUAGACAUUCUUUCUCAUCUCUACUGUUUAGGAUAAACACAAAUUUGGCCUUGUCAAUAGUGAGUUCACAGUAAGAAUGGAAAACCAAGAACAGGGGUCCAAAUCAAGAGUUAUGAAGGUAGACUCUAAGGAAUCAUGGGAUUUCCAUGUUAAUCAAGCCACAGUUCAAGGAUGCCCUAUUGUGGCACACUUUACUGCUGCUUGGUGUAUUCCCUCUGUGGCAAUGAACCCCUUUAUGGAGGAGUUGGCUUCUAUGUACCAAAAUACUAUUUCUUUUCUCACAAUUGAUGUGGAUGAGGUCAAGGAGGUGGCUAGCAAAUAUGAGGUGAAAGCCAUGCCAACAUUUCUUCUGCUGAAAGAUGGAGUGCCAGUAGACAAGCUAGUUGGUGCAAAUCCAGAUGAGAUAAGGAAAAGGGUUCAAAGUUUUGCUCACUCCUACCCUACAGAUAUAGCCUAGUCCAAAUAAUACAUAUAUUUUGUUAUAUAAUGUACUGAAAAACAGAUUAUUUGAGUGUGUGGCUUGUGCUAUUUCAUCGUUAAAUUGUAGAUAAUUCCAUAUCCACUUAUAGAACACUGUUUAAUAAUAGUGCUUUUCUGUCUUCAAAGCGUGUAAGUAACAGAUAAGUUUAACUUAAUUACCCUAUGAAUGGCUUUUGUGGACA